GAGUAUAUUCGAUUUAGUAGAUUUUGGACAUUGCGUAUACACAUUUAUAUAUUGUGCAACACAAUACUAUAUAUACACUCACUCGGGAAAAGAAGAGAAAGAGAGAAUACUAUAUAUCUAUAUAUACAUUAAAAAAAAAAUAAAAAUAAAAAAUAAUACUAAAUAAGAACCCGUAGAAUAAAUGUUAUUACAUUUUUAGUUUUACAUGUCGAUGUAUUGCUCUAUCAAAUCUAAAUAAGGAUAGUGAAGGAAUUCGUGUUUUUGUGUGUAUUAUUUACAUCGGUCAAAUAUAUCGGAAUUCUUGAAUUCGUCGAUAUCGAAAACAAUUUAACAAAAAAAAAAACGUUUAUCAAAUUGGAAUCGUUUUAUCGCCGUUUCAUCAAUAGAAUUGGUGCUUCAAACAUUUUGCGCGUGUAAACAUUGUGCGUACCUCAUUUAAAUACACACAAAAGCUCACAUAUUCACUUAUCAGCUCCAUAAUUGAAUCUAAAGCAUAAAUAAGUACGUCUCGAUUUUUAUUGAAAAUACACCGAAAAUUAAAUAAAAACCGUCAACCUGGAAUUAAUGGAGUUGGAGAAUAUUGUGGCCAAUACGGUCUACCUCAAAGCGCGAGAAGGAGGAUCAGAUAGUAACAAAGGAAAAAGCAAAAAAUGGCGAAAAAUUUUACAGUUCCCACACAUAUCACAAUGCAUACAUCUCAAAGACAAAAUAGAUGUAAGUUACGGUUAUGUUAUAGAUCAACAACCCAUUGGCAGAAUAUUGUUUCGAUUGUUUUGUGAAAAUAAGCGGCCACUCUACUAUAGAUAUAUUUCCUUCUUGGAUAAUGUUACCAGAUAUGAGCUAGAGUAUGAUGAAAAUCGCUUGGAUAUUGGCUGGGAUAUUGGGAGGCGUUUUCUUGGCAUUGAAUGUGAAAAUAAUGGAAUUAGUGUUACAACAAAUCGAUGCGAUGACGAUGUGGUAUUACAAUUUGCCGACAACAACGAUGACCGAAGCAAUGAUGCGACAACACCAAAAGAAGAAACAACAAAUGCAACAACAACAUCAACAGAAACAGCAACAGUAACAAAUCCAAACACAAAACCAGUCUCAAAUACAACAACCAGCACAUCGAACAAAUUACCCAAAGAAAUUGUGAAUGCGGAUUUGAGCAAUAAUGAUGACGUUGUCAGCAACAAUAAAGACAUAACAUCGAAAGAGACAAAUGUGAAUGGCGAAAAAGAUGAGCUGGUAUUAGAUGUUUUAAAUGACGAUCUCAUAGAAAAAGUUCGAGUGAAAAUUUCAUUAGGCAGUAAGGAGGUUUUCGAACCGUGUGUUACCGCAGUUAAAUCAUUUCUAGCUGGAGAACCAUUUAGCGAAUUUGAAGCAUCAAUGUAUUUUCAUAGGUAUCUUCAAUGGAAGUGGUUAGAAGCUCAACAAGUUACAUAUAAAACUUUUCGCAUGUACCGUGUACUUGGAAAAGGUGGAUUUGGCGAAGUGUGUGCAUGUCAGGUUCGCGCCACUGGCAAAAUGUAUGCGUGUAAAAAAUUAGAAAAGAAACGUAUUAAAAAACGUAAAGGUGAAUCGAUGGUAUUAAUUGAGAAACAAAUUUUACAAAAAAUCAACUCAAGAUUUGUCGUUAAUUUGGCUUAUGCAUAUGAGACAAAAGACGCACUGUGUCUGGUAUUAACUAUAAUGAAUGGUGGUGAUUUAAAAUUCCAUAUUUACAAUAUGGGUGGUGAUCCUGGUUUUGAAUUGGUUCGCGCUCGAUUUUAUGCAGCCGAAGUGGUGUGCGGUUUAGAGCAUUUACAUCAACAAGGCAUUGUCUAUCGUGAUUGUAAGCCGGAAAAUAUUCUGCUUGACGAUCAUGGUCAUGUUCGCAUCUCCGAUUUAGGUUUAGCGGUUGAAAUUCCGGAAGGUGAAAUGGUACGCGGCCGUGUUGGCACUGUUGGCUAUAUGGCGCCCGAGGUAAUCGACAAUGAAAAAUAUUCAUUUUCACCGGAUUGGUUCAGUUUUGGAUGUUUAUUAUAUGAAAUGAUUGAAGGGCAAGCACCGUUUCGACUGCGCAAAGAGAAAGUUAAGCGGGAAGAGGUCGAUCGGCGAGUUAAGGAAGAGGCAGAAAAAUAUUCGCAUAAAUACAGCGAUGAAGCCAAAUCACUGUGCCAACAACUAUUAGCAAAGACUGUAAAAACUCGCUUAGGUUGUCGAAAUGGUCGUUACGGUGCACGUGAAGUGAAAUUGCAUAAUUUUUUCAAUUGUAUCAAUUGGAAGCGUCUUGAAGCUGGAAUGGUGGACCCACCAUUUGUACCCGAUCCACACGCCGUCUAUGCAAAAGAUGUGUUAGAUAUAGAGCAAUUUUCAACAGUAAAAGGUGUCAAUUUAGAUGCAUCCGAUGAGAAUUUUUAUUCAAAAUUUAAUACCGGUUCCGUGUCAAUAUCAUGGCAAAAUGAAAUGAUUGAAACCGAAUGUUUCAGCGAACUGAAUGUAUUUGGAGUAAAUGACAAUCCAACACCGGAUUUAUUAUUAAACGCACAACCCGUUGUUGAUAAGCCAGGCUGUUUUCCAUUUCGACGAAAGAAAAAGCAACCAGCAAGAAGUCGACCAGUGCCGAUACCCGAACACCUAUUAGCAACCAGCGAAUCAAGACGGACAGCCAAAGUCGAAAGCUGAUAACUUCCCAACGAUUUUAUUGAACAAAAGAGAAACAAAAUUAAUUAAUACCAAUGAAAUUGUUGUUUGUUAAAAAGAAAUGUCUUAUAAUGAUAAAAAGAAAACCGGAACAAAAAAACUUUUUUCCAUUCUAUUGAAUAAAUAAGGAACAAAUAUUACAUUAAAAAGCCCAGCAACACACUGUUUUCUGCACAGAACAAAAAUAAUUAACUUUAAUCAAUGUAUUCUAAAUUCAUGUGCAUAUAAAUAUAUAUAGAAAUCGAAUUUCAUUUUCUUUCUCAUAAAACAUAACAAAGUAAUAAAUGGAAAGCGAACAUUUGGAGAAAUAUGAAGUCCCACUUAUGCAUAAUUUGUGACUAGUUUAUGAGUGAUUUCAGACAAACAAAUAAGUAACAAAAAUGAUAAAAAUAUUAGAUUGAUUUUUGCAUACUUAGAUAUAAAUGAGACAGAUUUUUUUCUUUUCUCUCGAUUCAACAACAAAAUUCCGACAAAAAUAGAUGGAUUUUUUUCGCACAAAGUAAACAUAAUCAUUGCGUAAACAAAAUGAAGUUUGGUCACAUAAUCCGAAUUAAACCUAUAUGCCCAGCUAAACGAA